AGACUUGAGUAUCAAACAAUAUAAAGAGAAAUCGGACAAGAUUACAACGUGGCAAACAUGGAUCAUUCGAAUGAGAAAGUUGCAGGAUAAGUGUCAAGCCAAGACAAAUGAACUCAAGGAAGCAAAUGAACCUCAAAACAAGAAAGAAGUCGACGAACAAAUGGUUCUUGUGAAGGAAUGUAAGGAAGAGCUGGAGGCUGCUAAACCGGUGAUUCACGAAGGCCUUGACUUCGGAAAGCUGUUGAUAGACGAUAAAAUACUUGACGAUGAUGUCAAGGCUUCAAUCAAGAAGGAUGUCAACGAUGUAGAAUAUAAUCUGGAUAAAAUGGAGAAAGACAACGCUGACGAACAGGGCAGGUUGGAAAUUCUAGCCAUCCAGUAUGACACAGAUAAAAAGGAUAAAUUAAUAAAAUGGGAGACUUGGAAAGUGAAACUGCGAUCACUUCUUGCUUUGAAACGAAACCACCUUGACGAGGUCAAGGCCAACGAUCCCACGAAGCGGAACGUAGAGGAGUUAUUGGCAAAAGCAAAGGAUUGCGAGGAUAGUCUGACCAAUACAGAACCGGAGAUCAAGUUUGCUUUAGAUUAUGGUGAGCAACUGGUGGAUGACGAUCUGACAGAUCCCGAUGAAAAGCAAAAGAUUCACGAAGAUGUGGUGGAAAUGGAACGAACUCUGAAAGACCUGAAGGAAGAUACCGCUAAAGAGAAACUAAGGUUGCAGCAGAUAUAUUUCCAACAAAACGAAGAAAAAGAGAAAAAACUAAAACAGUGGGAGAUGUGGGUUAUUCGAAUAAACCAGCUGCAGGGCAAAUGCCAGGAAAAAGUGGAAGGUUUGAAGUCAAAAGGAGACCCGCAUGAUAAAAAGGACUUGGAAGAGCAGAUCGUUCUCGCCAAGGAAUUGGAAGAGGAGUUGCAAUCAACCAAACCAAUGAUUAAUGAAGGUAUGGAUUAUGGUUCGCUACUUCUAAAUGACGAUAUAAUCAACGGGGAAACCAAGGCAAAAGUCAAGCAGGACCUGGAUCACAUCGAAGAGGACCUAAAAGAACUAGAAAAGACCAGUGGCGAAGAGAAGAAAAGGCUAGAAGAUAUUCUUUAUCAGAAAGGUCAAGAACAAAAGGUGAAAGAGUGGAAGAAUCGGACCACACGCAUUAACAUUUUGAUGAAGGAGUGUGAUGACAAACUGGCUGAACUACAAACCAAGGGUGAUUCGAAAGACCGCGGGGAUACCGAAGAGCAAAUCAUUUUGGCCAAGGAGUGUAGUAACAAACUACAGGCAUCAAAGCCCGAGAUAAAUGCCGGCCUGGCGUUUGGAAAAGAGUUAUUAGAGGAUGAUGUCAUCGGUGACGUAAAUAAGGCCAACAUCAAACAAGACUUGAAUGAACUGGAAGGAGACAUGGAGAGACUGGAGCGAGCCAAUGAUGAACAAGAACGCAGGCUUCGAGAACUGUUAGACGAAACAGAGAAAGAGGAAGCGAUGAUGAAAGAUUGGCGAGUUAGAUGUGCCAGUUUGACGUCGUAUAUGGAUGCUGCUGAUGAAAAAAUUCAGAAAGGGAAGAACGCGGAAAGUCAUGAAGACAUUGAAAGCUCUUAUAUCCUGCUCAAGGACCUCUCAGCAGAUCUAGCUCAAACUGAACCCGAAACGAUAAAGACUUUGGACUUUGGAAGAGAGUUGGCGUCAAAUGAAGAAUUGAGCUCUGACAGCCGUCAAAAAGUGUCUAACGACGUCGGUGAUUUGGAAAAAAGAUGGAAGGCUCUUAUGAAAGAAUCUCAAGAUGAAUACGCCAGGCUUGGUGUUCAACUGGGAGCUUCUCAAGCUAGACAAACAAACUUGGAGACCUGGCACGAGCGAUGUGACGAUCUUCAUGGUUGGGUGACGGACAGAUAUACAAGGUUACGUUCCCGACCGACUUCUCCUGAGUCAUCUUUUGGAGGAAUAAAAAGACAACAGAGUGUUAUUGAGGAUCUUGUCAAGGACUUAGUUUCAAAGCAAGGGGAAGUAAACGAUGUUAUCGACGAAGGAAAUCAAGUCAUCGACGAUCAUACUUAUGCGGAAAAGGAUAGGAAAGUUGUUCAUGAGAAGAUGACUGCACUUCACAAUGACUGGAAUAAACUAGCCACGUUGACUUCCGGUAAACAGCAAAGUGUCCAAGUCUUGCUCCUGGAGAAAGAACAGCAGCACCUUGACAAGACCCAAAACUGGAGAAGAAAAAUUGAUCCUCUCGUGUUUUGGGUUUCUUCAGCCGAAGAUAAGCUGAAUACGCAAUUUGCAAUUGCCCCGGAUCUGGACACCGUCAAGAAACAGAAGGCUGAGCUUGAGGAUUUCACCAAUGAAAUGCUCUCUCACCAACGUGAAGUAAGUGAAACUUUGGAAUAUGGAGACAAACUGCUGAAAGAUUCAGAGCUUCCCGAAGACGAUCGUACCGCGAUACAGAAAGAAGUCCUGGAUCUUAGUCAUCGCUGGGAGAACCUGGAAGAGUUGGUCAACUGGAAAUCCGAUAGAAUUGACGACACCAUCUCAAAACUCAAGAUGCAGCAAGAAGACAAGCUUCAGAAGUGGCACGAGGGACUUGGUGAGGUCAAUGGUUGGGUAGUUAAGACAAGAGUGAAGGUUGAAGCACAACAAAGACUGGCUACUGAUGUAGACGCUGCUUUGGAACAACUAGAUGACUUCCAGGAAAUCAUCAAAGACGCUCCAGUUUAUCAAGAAAAGGUUACUCACCUAAACGAGUUCAGUGGCAACCUCGUCACUGAUCCAUGUCUUGGGGAAGAAGAGAGGCGAGGUGUGCGAGAGGAAACUGUCAUCUGCAAUGAAAAAUGGAACGAUCUGGUUAAUCUCGCAAAUGCUAAGCAGGCCAGGAUGGAAGAAAACCUUAACAAAUUGGAGCGACAAGAACAGGACGCUUUGGAGCGCUGGAGGAUUCGCUCAGAAAGAGCGGGACUAGCGUUAGAUAAACUGGAGGGUCAGAUAUCUGUUAUUGAUGACCCGAUAGGGAAUGACAUAGAGACUGUCAGGAGACAGGAAGACGCGUUUGAGAUAUUUUCCAAUGAAAUGGAAGUGAACACUACUCAGAUGCUUGAUACUCUUGCCUUGGGAGAGAAAGUGAAAAAGGACCCUAAGCUUACCCAGAAAAGGAAAGAUGAAGUGGCAGAACAUCUUAAUUCUUUGACAGCGCGCUGGGACCGAGUAAAGGAUUUUGUCGCCUUGAGAAAAGAGAGACUUGAUGAAGCUUCUAAGAGGAUGCAAAAGGACAGACGAAAGAAGCUUGAUGAUUGGGAAGAAAAGCUUAAUCACUUUGACAGCUUCUUACGUAAGGCAGAGAGAGAAACAGAGAGGCUAGAGUCAAUAGGAGAUGACCUGGAGACUGUUCAAAGACAAUAUGAUGAUUUCCAGAAAACGAACCAGGUAAAUGGACAACAAAAGAAAGUAGAUGACUUCGAAACUUUCACCGUCGAACUAUUGGCAGACCCUGUAAUUGACGAGAGAUCAAAACAGAGCAUGGAGCACGAUAAAGACGACCGCCUUGAGAGAUGGGAAAGGGUCGUCGACAAGAUUAACGAUCACCAGCAUGGAUUGGAAGACCAACUGUCGAACUUAGAGAAAACAGAGGGUGAACUUUCAAGAUGGAAUGAUCAACUUGACGUAAUCCAGGAGGAAGUAGCGAAAGUUGAACGCGUCUGUGAGCAGGAAAUUGCUCCAGAUUUCGACGCACUGGAGAAACAAAAAACUGAGGCCCAGGAUCUGAAGAAAAGUGUGAACGUGCUAGAUCCUCAAGUUGACGACUUUCUAAAGAACUCUGACAGGCUGAUCGAUCAAAGUGAACUCCCCGAAAUGGACUUGGAGACUGUGGAGCAAGAGGCUGAAGUCCUCAAGAAACGUUGGAGCAAAGUGAAGUUCGAUGUUGACGCGAGACAGCAUAGAAUCGAAAACAUGCACGUCGGACUACAACAGCGUCAAAAAGAUUUGUUAGGGGAAUGGAAGAACUCUUGUAACUCUACUCUCAAGUGGUUAUCUGACACUUCUGCGCGUGUGGAAGCUCAAGAUGUCACUGCUCCGGAUCUUGAUCAUGCGCGGGCUCAAAGACAGGAAAUUGAGGACAUAUUGAGGGAAAUCAAACGGCACGAUAAUCAGAUGGACAAGUUGGAUCAACUUGGAGACAAAAUUGUUAACGACCCGAGCAUGCGUGACUUAGAGAGGACCUUGGUUAACAAUGAAAAAGCUGCCAUUAUUGAGCGUUAUAAGGGACUUCUUGCAUCUGCAGAGGCUGCCAAAAAUAGAUUGGAUGAUCAAAUUAAGCAACUGGAGAAGGAGCAGCGGGAAAAAAUGAAGCUGUGGCCAGAACAAACCGAUCCCCUCGACAAAUGGCUGAGUAAGAAUGAGACAACUGUACAGUCAUACGAGCCAAUAGGAUACGACAUCAGCUAUGUAAAAACACAGGGAAAAGACGCACAGGAAAUGAUCACUGAACUUCUUCAGGAGCAACCAAAGUUCGCUGAGAUGACCGACUUUGGUAAUAAGUUGACAACUGAACCUUGUGUAGGAUUAGAAGAGAGGGUGAAGAUUCAGAAAGACAUGCAAAGUCUCCACGAGAGAUGGGACGGCCUGUAUGAAUCAGCCACUUCAAGACAUGACAGGAUUCAAGAGAGGCUUAAAAUAUUAGAAGACGAACAGAAAAGAUUGGCAGAUGAAAGGAAAAUGCUGGAGGAGGAAGAAAUGCAGAGGCAAAUUGACAUGGAAAGGAGGCGAAAGGAGGAGGAAGAGAGAAGAAAGAAAGAUACGGAAGAGAGAAGAAAAAGGGAAGAAGAGGCAAGGAAACGCAAAGAAGAGGAAGAACGGAAACGGAGGGAAGAAGAAGAAAGGAUAAGAAAAGAAGAAGAAGAAGAACGAAAACGAAAGGAGGAAGAAGAGAAAAGGAGAAGAGAGGAAAAAGCAAGGCAGAGGAGAGAAGAGGAGGAGAGAAGAGAGGAAGAGGAACGAAAGAAGAGGGAAGAAGAGAAUAGAAAGCGGAAGGAAGAACAAGAAAGAAGGCGGAAAGAGCAAGAGGAGCGUAGAAAGAGAGAGGAGGAGGAAAGAAAGAAAAGGGAGGAAGAGAGAAGGAAAAAACGCGAGGAGGAAGAGAAAAAGAGGAAAGAAAGAGAGGAAAAGAAGCGACUGGAGGAAGAAGAGAAGAAAAGGAAGGAAGAGGAAAAGGAAAAGAAAAACGGGUUCGGGUAUAGCCUGGGGCCGUUAGCUCACAUACCAAUGGUGGAACAGGAAACCAGACUUUUUGCCAGCCCAGUAGACGAGGUGGUUGUGUCUGUCGAAGAAAAUGUCGUCGAGGCUGCGGCCGAACCUGAAUCGUUUAUUUUUGAGGGAAAGCUGCAGGAUUGGAAAAACGACGCAAACGAUAUAAGCGUCUGGCUUAAGGAUCAAGACGAAAAAUUACCCGAUGCAGCUGACAAUGACACCAUUGCCUCUCUCAAGGACAAAGCAAGUAAAAUUGUGAGUCUCGAAAAAGAGCUACCUGACUACGAUAGGAAGUUUGAAGAUCUUGAGAAGGACUACGAGGUGCUUAUCAACGACAAACAUAUAUCUGAAAAGCAACAUGGAGACGUCAACGAAGAUAUGGAGAAGUUGAGGAGCCAGUGGCACUCUUUCAACACCGAUAAAGAUGUCAAGAAAAACAGAAUAAAAAAGAAGCUAUGGGACAAAGAACAACAGAAAGCUGGCGAGCUCACUGGCUCCAGGGUUAACUUACAGGCUGUGAAGGACUGGAUUGGACUUCGAGAUAAAGAAAUUGAGAACAUGGAUCUCAUUGGAAACGAUCCAAAAACUUUACAACGACAGAAAGAAGACAUGAAGCUAUUAACCAAACGACUUCACGAUUACGAGCCACGAUUUACUGAAGCAACGGACACAGCGUACAGAUUAUCCAAGGACCCUAACUUUUCGAAGGAGCAAAGCAAAGCUCUUCGACAAGACGCAGAGGACUGCGAAAAACGAUGGGAUGACGUAUUGGAAAAAGCUACAGAUCGCAUGGACAGGAUUGUCAAGAAGAUUCCCAAGCUUCAAAAAGACCAGAAGGAAAUACUCGACGAAUGGAAUGACAGAUCUGCUCGAUUCGAAAAAUCGUUGAAGAAAGCAGAGGAUAAACUGAAAGAACAAGAAGCUAUUGGAAAAGAGAUUGGCUUUGAGAAGCGGCUGUCCGAGAUCACGUCACCAGAACUGACCAAGAAACGGGGAGAAAAUAAUAACGAAUGGAAACCAACCGUGGAUGAAUGUAAUGCGAACCUUAGAACGGUCAGAGAAAGGCUUCAAGAUAUCCAGCGUGCCAAGAAAAACCGAAAAUGGUCGAUUCUUGAGGCGUUGAAAGAUGCAGUGAAUUCAAUCACCGCCAGAUUUCGUGGAAAUUCCAGAGUCGGAGCCAACUAUGGAGUUAAUUUGGACAAAGUAGUCGACCUCCUGGAAGAUCAUGAAGACAUAAUGACCGAUGCAUCAACCAAGCAAAAAGAUGCAGAUGAAGUUUUUACCUUGGGUAGGAGCGCCAUUGACAGUGGUUUGCUGGAAAAUGAACAAGACAAUGAAAUACACGAUCGAUUGACGGACUUGAAUCAUCGAUGGAAUGGAUUGAACAUUGAUGUCAUUGAGCGCGAGAAAAGGCUUGAGAAACUAGCCGAGGAUAUUGAAAGCGAAUACAAGAGAUUCGACUCCUGGCGUGAAAAAUGCGAUAACAUGAAUCAGUGGCUAUCGGAGUCAGAAAAGCUUAUUAAGAACGAGGAGAAGAUUGGAUCAGAUAUUGGAGUCCUUCAAGAACAAAUAAAAGAUAAUCAGCUCUUCAUUAAAGAAAUGAAGGCGUAUGAACCGAAAGUAGACGCCAUGGUCGAGGAAAGCCAAGAACUUGUAGAAAGCAGCAGACUGGACAAAACAGAUAUUGAUGGAGUUGACAAAACUAAAAAUGCUCUCAGUUCUAGAUGGAAGGCUGUCAAUGAUCAUCUCAAUGAGAGGCAACGAAAACUAGACUCCGCUCUCCUUGACAUACUAAAAAAGGAUACGGAAGGCAGGCUUGGGCGAUGGAGAGAGCAAUCGAUAGCUCUUGGUUUGCUUGUCACAGAAGCCAAAAGGAAAGUUGAUGAUGAUGUUGACGACGCAGAUUUUGGAGAUAUUCAAGCAAGUGCAGUGCAGCUCCAGGAAGUCGAAAAUUCGCUCAACGAGGACCUCAAUAGAGAGCUGCUUGAAGUAACGAAUGAUGGUCAUCACGUCAUCGAAAAGGAGGAGACACAGCCGGAUGAUAAACAUGAGAUAGGCCAGAAAUUAGACGAACUUAACAGACAAGUUUCUGAGCUGGAAAAGGGAACAAGAGAGAAAAAGGACAGGAUAAAAGAAGCCUCCUUGAAAUAUUUUGGCCGCUCACUGGCCGAUUGCGAAGAAGCUGUUGAGAGGCUUGGUGAAGAAGCCGUCAAUAAUUUUAUUGAUAUUGGCUCAGAUAUCGAGGAGGUCGGAAAACAGUUGGAAGAGUUACAGGAAUUUGAAAACGACAUGGUUAAAGAAGAAGACAAAUUUAGCGACAUCAAAGACCAGUUUGUGGACUGUAAGGAAACAGAGUUACUCAGAGAUGAAGACCGAGUUAGAAUCCACAGAAGAAUAGGAGUACUCGAUGAAAAGUGGGAAGAACUAAACAAAAACCAUGAUGCCAAUCAUCGAAAGUUAAAUCAUGCAAUGAUAGUUCGUCAUGAAGAGUUAAUGGAAGAGGUCUAUGAUUGGUUGAGUGAUGCUGAGAAACAAGCAGACUCUAUAGUGGUGAAUGAGGAUGACAUUGGUUCAGUGAUGGAAGAGUAUGGCAGGCAUAGGGAUUUGAAGGAUGAAAUCUCUUCAUUUGAGCCGACGUUCAAGAACCCAAUAGCAAUCAACGAUAGGCUGCUGAACGAAAGGAUCGUGGAUCCUGAAAGAGCUGAAAGCUAUGAAACGGAGAAGAACACUCUGGAAAACAGAUGGAAUAAUCUCCAGCUUAAAACCAUGGACAAUGGAGCUAAAUUGUCUGGUGUGCUUGGAAGGUACGUAACGAUACGAUUGGAUGAGGCAGAGGUAAAGCUGACGCAUGCAGAAGCAAGCAUCAACAGAGAUGAUGCUGACUACUUAGAUCUGGAUGGUGCAAAGGAAGCGCUGCAUGCAUUCAGGGGGAAAAGGAGUGGCAUUCAUGAUUCCCAAAAGCAGGUUGAUAGAAUACUGGACGAGUCCCGUGCCGUUGUCAGAGAAGACUUCUUCAAGGAACACGAACGGGAACAUUUUCAGGGAAGAAUUGAAAUGAUUGACAAAAGAAACAAAGGACUGGAAGAUAAUGCAGACAAAGAGGAAAGAAGGCUCCUUGACACAUACAUUUUGCUGCUUAAACAACACUUACAAAGAACCAACGUUUGGCUCAAAAUGGCGGAGUCCCGGAUAAAGCAGGAGGGCGAGAUUGGUCCAGGCUAUGAUGACGUAAAGAAACAACUCGAAGAUCAUCAGGUCUUUCAAGAGGAGCUUAGGGAUCACUCGAUGAUUUCAACGAUUUUGGGCGUUGACGUCUCAGAUCCCGACAUCACGCAUGGCACCCAGCAGCAAGUUAAGUCACUCAGCGACCGGUGGAGUAAAGUGUGGAACUGGUCAGAACAGAGAAAAGCUCAAUUGCUAAAGGUUCUAAGUAACUGGCAACGAUUCCGUGACGAGCAGUUGAUAUUAUUGAAUUGGCUGUCAAACAAAGAGAAAACCCUAAAGGAGAUGGGAAGAACAGAUCUUAGUGAUGGAGAUGAAGUAAAAGACCAUUUAGAGAAGCUCAGAGUAAUAGAAAAAGAGUUGGAUGAACAGGGAAUACGUCUGCAGUCCUUACACAAAGCUGGAGAAGAUUUGUUAAAGAACGUAGACGCAGGUGAUCCGGCCGCAAGGGAAAUUAAAACUCAGCUGAAAGACUUUGAUGAUUGCUGGAAUGACAUUGCAAAACAAGUUAUAAACAGAAUUCAACAGCUUGAAAAUUCUCAAAGUAAACUUAAAGAGUUUCAUUUGGAAAUGGAUGCCACAAAUGAGUGGAUGGAUGAAACUGAGCUUCUGCUCAAGUCGUACAAGAUUGGAAUGGAUCCAGAGGAAGCUAGUAGGCUUCAAGAAAAGACAGAGAUCAAAUGUGAAGAGCGGUCCAGGUUCGCUACUAAAGUUGAUCGAAUCAACAUAAUCGGCAAAGAUCUGGCUGGAGAAAUCGAUGAACCAUCCCAUGAUGCUAUUCAGGAAGAACUACAGCCAUUCAAUAACCGUUGGAGUGAUGUCUCUAAUCAACUUGAGCUUUACAGCGACAAGGGUUACCCACAGCCUGGGAACGAGUGCUGCUUCUUGCGAAUUAUGAGGAAAAAAUUAGGAGUGAUACACUGAUUUGUUACUAGUUACCAGUUCGUUUCGAAAACAGGGUAAAAUAUUUAUUUACCAUUCGUUGUUGAUAUAUACGUAAGAACUGGAAGGGUCCUCGAAUCUCAGAGUAACGAUUGGUGAAGUAACCAAAUCCUUUGAAAAGCCUUUUUAUUAAGUGAUGGACACUUGUCUUUUAAAAGAACUCAGCUGUUAAAGGAAUUUUAAAUCUAAAACUUUUAUGAAUUUUACGCUAUUUCUGUUGGUAGUAAUACUAUCCGGCGUUUAUAAUAACGGUGUUGGAAUUGACGCUUUCAAAACAUUCAUUCUAAGUGGUGUACUACCAUAAAGUCAAUUAUGUGAAGCAGUCCGAUGCUUUUACCGUAAAGCUUUUAUCGUUAAGAAGGGCACAAAUCACAUGGCAUUAGGUUUUAAUUGCGAUGAGAGUGCCUUGAAGAUUUACGACCUUCUGCCCACGGGAGAACAACGUGUGUAGUUCAUUCUAUGCUUGCACUGACCGAUAGUAUUCAACUAAUAUCAAUGAAACACUGUCGGCGUACAUUGGCCGUUCAGUAUUUGGUACUUAGCGUUUUUUAACGUUUUUUAUAAUGAUGCUUUUUAUUUUCUUAUGAAUUUUUUAAUGUCCACGCACGCAGGAACACUGUGAAGACGAUUUUAAAGUCUUUAGAUCAUAUUUAAAGCCUGAUAUUUAAAGUAAAUGCUUGACGACUUGAAUAAAGUAACUGUUAAUUAAGUUGU